AUGAGAUCAAAUGUUAUAAAAAAUAUUUAACCAUAAAACUCUUAUGAUUUAUAAUAUUAAACUUAUGAUGAUUAGUUGUUAAGUGUUAUGUAGCUUCCAUAUUAAAUACAAUUUAUAAAGUUUGCAGUUGUUUAACUUGAAUCUUUCUUUUCAAUAAAACCAUCAGAAUACUAAUAGCAAUCUUUAGUGUUAGAAAAAGUAAAAUUUGUAAUUUAUGUUAGGUAUGA